GCGAGCGCUUCCGGAGCGUUCCGAGCGGCUCCGAAGAGCCGAGUGGCCGAACGCCCGAGCGUCCGUCGUCCUGCCGGACUGCUAGAGGCGGCCGCCCGCGCCAUGUUGGAUGCUCUGCUGGACCUGCUGGACGUCUGCUUAAAUCUAGUGUGGCAUUUAGUUUUGCUCCUUUAAAAUCUAGCCGUGUGUCUUCAGCGCCGUGUGCUCUGGAAGAAGAAGGCCAUGAGAAGUUUGGCUUGAAAUGCAGCCGUCGGAAUUCAGCUGCCUAAUUUCCUUUAUGUCGUCAGGAUCCAGCCAUUUCUUUCCCAUAGAGGGGAAACGCUUGCUGCAGUGGUGUGGUUAGCCAGCCCUGAUGAGCGUGGCUGAGGAAUGGGCAGAGGCAGCAGGAAUCCCUCGAGGACCCGUGCAGCAGCCUCUGGAGGACCGGAUCUUCGCUCCGACAGUCUCAGCUGUGUACAGCACUGUUACACAGGUUGCAAGACAGCCGGGGGGCCCUGCCCCCUCCCCGUACUCUGCGCAUGAACUUAGCAAGGGGCAUCCAGCCCUUGCUGCAACACCACCUGGACAUGCAUCCUCUCCCGGGCUCACCCAGCAGCCAGGAGGGAGGAGGGACAGAAGCUUUCCACCCCACCCAAGAGCCAGCAGUCUUUUUGAAGAUCCAAGGGAACUGGUGCAAAGGAUUCUGGGAUGUGGGAUGGCCCCUUAUCCUUCCGGACAGAAUGCAGCACCGACCACGCUGGUCUACCCGCAGGCCGCUCAGGCGAUGAGCACGCAGCCUCAGACGCGCUCUCCGUUUGCAGCGGGGCCUCGACCUGCCCAUCACCAGUUUUUCCAGCGACCUCAAAUACAGCCUCCUAGAGCUGCCAUUCAGAACAGCAACCCUUCCCUCCGUCCUGGGGCACAAACGCCAACGGCUGUCUAUCAAACCAAUCAGCACAUCAUGAUGGUGAAUCACCUGCCGAUGCCCUAUCCGAUGCCUCAGGGCCCCCAGUACUGUAUCCCACAGUAUCGCCACAGCGGCCCUCCAUACGUGGGGCCUCCGCAACAGUACCCUGUUCAGCCACCAGGGCCGGGCCCGUUUUAUCCAGGACCGGGGCCUGGAGAGUUUCCCAACGCGUACGGAGCACCUUUCUAUCCAAGUCAGCCGGUGUACCAGUCAGCACCCAUCAUAGUGCCUACGCAGCAGCAGCAGCAGCCCCUCCCACCCACCAAGCGGGAGAAGAAAACGAUUCGCAUCCGGGACCCAAACCAAGGAGGCAAAGACAUAACAGAAGAAAUUAUGUCUGGCGGAGGGAGCAGGAACCCCACACCUCCGACUGUUCGGCCCACAUCGACGCCCACGCCUCCCCAGCAGCUGUCCAGCCAGGUCCCAGAGCACAGCCUCGCGGCCUACGGGAUUACGGAGACCUCUCCUCUGGCCAGCAACACCCCCGUCGUUACAGUUCUCGACCUGAAGCAAGAAGAGAAGCCUAAAGCAGAUCCAGUAUUAAAAUCUCCUUCCCCUGCCCUCAGACCAGAACCUAGUGGAGAGAGAAAGGACCCAGCAGGCCUGGCAGCAGAGAGCCCUGCCUCCCCAGAGACCUCCCCAGAGCUUCCUCUGCCUGCUCUGCCCUCCUCAGUCGCAGUGCUUGCUGCCGCUGCACCCAGUAAACCUCCGUUUCCAACAGACUUUGGUGACCGAUGUGAACUCGCUUCCCCCAAACUGGAAGCCCCCCUUCUUCCCAGUGCAGCACCCUGCGUGGAAACGCCCGCCGGUCCUCCAGCCGAGGAGAGCAGUGUGGAGAUCUGCAGGGAGCCUCGGCGAGUGGUCCGGAGUGAGAGCCAAGGGGCUGCCAGUGCUCCUCUCAUGAACGAACUCAAUGGAGUCGGCGAUCAGGUGACCGUGACUGAUGGCCUGGUGGAGCAAGAGCCGCAGGAGGGAGUGCCCUCGGUGGCUGAGCCGGAGACCCCGGAAGCCGCUCAGGCUGAAGUGGAAGGGGCAGCGCCUUCAGCUUCCGUGGUUCUUUUGGCCACUCCAUCUCCGCCUCCCACUCCUCCCCCCAGCCCUCCCCUCGCUGCUGCUGCUGCUGCGGUUGCCGUCACCACGACCAGUCCUCCUCCUCCUUCUCCUCCCCCUCCUCUCCCACUACCUGGUGCUCUCCCAGCUCUUCAGGGGGGUUUGGAAGGAGAGGAGAUCACAAGAACUGUCCUCAGUGAAGAUGUGCCAGAAGAUCUGGGGGGAGAGGAGCCCGAGGCAGAGAGCCGUCCCGAGGAGAACGCCGAGUCUCACGAGGACCUGAAUGCGAGGAAGGGCCACGGACCAGCCCAACCAGCUGUAGCUGCACCAAAGACGUGGAAGAAACCAAAAGAUCAGAGCCAAGCCGCCGAGGAGGUGGAGGCCGAGGCCGAGGCUCAAGAGGAAGAGGAGCAGAGGAGUGACCGAAGGCUUGAAGAAUCUGAGCCCGAGGCAAUGAGUCAUGAGAGAGACUCCCCCUUUGACCUUAAAAUAGCAAAGGCCUUGGAAGAAAAUGGGGAGCAGGAAGGGGGGGAGCCCAUCCGCAAUGGUGCUGAGAAUGUCUUGGAGGGGGAAGGAGGUGACGGGCAAGCAGGCUGCCUCGAGAGUCCCAGCGAAGCCCCGGCCGGCCAGUAUAAGCCAGAGCAGUGGAAGCCCCUGGACACAGAAGGGAAGAAGCAGUAUGACCGAGAAUUCCUCCUGGACUUCCAGUUCAUGCCUGCCUGCAUCCAGAAGCCAGAGGGGCUGCCGCCCAUCAGCGAUGUGGUCCUUGACAAGAUCAAUCAGCCCAAGCUGUCCCUUCGAACUUUGGAUCCUCGCAUCUUGGCACGGGGUCCAGACUUCACACCAGCGUUUGCUGAUUUUGGAAGGCAGAUCCCUGGUGGACGGGCGGCAGCAGCCUGCAAAGUGCAGCCCCCUCCCGGACUCCAGUCUCUUGCUCGGUGCGGCACCCCAGCCUGCCCUCUGUUGGUCUCCUCUCACCCACCACUGCGGAACCUGCCGAUAGGGCUGUUGAAUGUUGGGCCACGGAGAUCUCAGCCGGGUCAGAGGCGGGAGCCCCGGAAGAUCAUCACUGUUUGCGUCAAAGAGGAUGUCCACCUGAAGAAAGCCGAGAACGCCUGGAAGCCGAGCCUGAAACGAGAGACGCAAGCGGAGGAGCCCGAGAACAUCAAGACGCAGGAGCUGUUCCGCAAAGUUCGAAGUAUCUUAAACAAGCUGACCCCCCAGAUGUUCAAUCAGCUAAUGAAGCAAGUCACCGAUCUGACUGUGGACACCGAGGAAAGGCUGAAAGGCGUCAUCGACCUGGUGUUUGAGAAGGCCAUUGAUGAGCCCAGCUUCUCCGUGGCCUAUGCAAACAUGUGUCGAUGUCUUGUCACGCUGAAAGUGCCCAUGGCAGAGAAGCCUGGAAGCACUGUGAACUUCCGUAAGUUGCUGCUGAAUCGCUGCCAGAAGGAAUUUGAAAAGGACAAAGCUGACGACGAUGUCUUUGAGAAGAAGCAGAAAGAACUGGAAGCCGCCACCACACCAGAGGAGAGGACCCGGCUUCACGACGAGCUGGAGGAGGCCAAGGACAAGGCGCGCCGGCGCUCCAUCGGCAACAUCAAGUUCAUCGGGGAGCUCUUCAAGCUGAAGAUGCUGACGGAGGCCAUCAUGCACGACUGCGUGGUGAAGCUGCUGAAGAACCACGACGAGGAGUCCUUGGAGUGCCUCUGCCGCCUCCUGACCACCAUCGGCAAAGACCUGGACUUUGAGAAGGCCAAGCCUCGAAUGGAUCAGUAUUUCAACCAGAUGGAGAAAAUAGUGAAAGAGAGGAAAACGUCAUCUAGGAUCCGGUUCAUGCUUCAAGAUGUCGUAGACCUGAGGCAGUGUAACUGGGUGUCACGGAGGGCAGAUCAAGGCCCCAAGACAAUAGAGCAGAUUCAUAAAGAAGCAAAAAUUGAAGAGCAGGAGGAGCAACGGAAAGUCCAGCAGUUGAUGACCAAAGACAAGAGAAGGCCUGGUGUCCAGAGGGUGGAGGAGGGUGGCUGGAACACUGUGCAAGGGGCAAAAAACAGCCGUGUGCUGGACCCCACCAAGUUCCUUAAAAUCACCAAGCCCACCAUAGACGAGAAGAUCCAGCUUGUGCCUAAAGCCCAGUUGGGCAGCUGGGGAAAAGGCAGCAGCGGUGGAGCAAAGGUCAGCGAGAUUGAUUCCUUACGACCCAGUGCCACUAGUUUGAACCGAUUCUCUGCACUGCAGCCUCCCGUGUCAUCCGUGUCAGCUGCAGUCACCUCAUCAGAGUUGGACUCUCGCAGGGCCUUAACUAGUCGCGGGAGCUCAGGCAGAGAGAAGAAUGACAAGCUGCUGCCCUCUUCUGUUGCCCGGCCCAGCACCUUCCUACGGGGCAGCAGCAGCAAAGAGCUCCUCCUGGACAACCAGGCACAAGAGGAGCAGCGGAGGGAGAUGCUGGAGACUGUGAAGCAGUUGACCGGCGGCCUAGAGAGUGACCGCAACAGCACGGAGGCAGACAGGAGCAAAGCCAAGGAAGUGGCCAAGCCUGAAAUCCCCACCUACCCUGCCCAAGACAGCAAGCCUUCCCUAUCAGACGAGGAAGUGGAGAGAAAGUGCCGGUCGAUCAUUGAUGAAUUCUUGCACAUUAAUGACUACAAGGAAGCCAUGCAGUGUGUGGAGGAGCUGAAUGUGCCGGGCGUGCUGCCUGUCUUUGUGCAAGUGGGAGUGGAGUCCACCCUCGAGCGGAGUCAGAUCACCAGAGAUCACAUGGGCCAGUUGCUGUAUCAGCUGGUGCAGUCGGAGAAGCUGAGCAAGGAGGACUUCUUCAAGGGAUUUGCAGACACCUUGGAGACAGCAGACGACAUGGCUAUCGAUAUCCCGCACAUCUGGUUGUACUUGGCAGAACUAGUGACCCCCAUGUUAAAGGAAGGAGGGAUCUCUAUGAGAGAACUUCUGAUAGAAUUUAGCAAGCCGUUGCUUCCAGUGGGAAGGGCUGGAAUCCUACUUUCCGAAAUACUGCACCUUCUAUGCAAACAAAUGAGCCAUAAGAAAGUGGCAGCCUUGUGGAGGGAGGCUGACCUCAGUUGGAGAGACUUCUUACCCGAAGGCGAGGAUGUCCAUACCUUUCUCACGGAGCAGAAGUUGGACUUCACAGAAACGGACAGUUCAAGUCCCUCAGAAGCACUUUCAAAGACAGAACUCUCUGCUGAAGAGCUGAACAAACAGCUGGAGAAACUCAUUAUGGAGGACAAGGCGAACGAUGAGCAGAUCUUUGAUUGGGUAGAGGCAAGUCUAGAUGAAAGCCAGAUGAGUUCACCUACAUUCCUUAGAGCUUUAAUGACAGCAGUUUGUAAAGCAGCAAUUAUAGCGGAUAGUUCUAGCUUGCGAGUGGACACUGCUGUUAUCAAGCAGAGAGUGCCGAUCUUACUUAAGUACCUAGACUCAGACACGGAGAAGGAACUACAAGCACUUUACGCACUACAAGCAUCAAUAGUAAAACUUGAUCAGCCUCCUAAUUUGUUACGGAUGUUUUUUGAUUGCCUGUAUGAUGAGGAAGUGAUAUCAGAGGAUGCCUUCUACAAAUGGGAAAGCAGCAAAGACCCAGCAGAGCAGAAUGGGAAAGGUGUAGCGCUUAAAUCGGUCACCGCAUUCUUCACGUGGCUACGAGAAGCGGAAGAGGAGUCGGAGGAUAAUUAAAACUGAAUACAAAAAAACAAAAAACAAAAAAGCAAAACAAAAAAAACAAUUUAAGUAUUUUUUUAAAAAAAGUUUCAUGUCUUCGCCAAUCACAGUGCAGCAAGGCCAAUUCUCGCGCAGACCCCCCCCCCCCUUCUCCCGCAUAUGCACGAGUGGGAGAGGAAAAAACCAGACACAAACGCAACAGGCGAUCAUGGAGGAUGAAAAAGUACUUGAAAAUUCAAGUCCACUUCAGACCGGAGGGCAGGAGCACUAAACCAAAAUACAUCUAUUAUUUAUAGAAAAUAUUUUCUGUUUUAAUCUUUUUCCUUUUUAAACAAGGACUCAUACUUUAAAAGAAACAAAUCUGUUUAGGAAAAAAGUGAGAACUUUUAAUUUAUUAUUUUAAGGACUGCAAAUGUCAGUGUAAUUUUUAAAUUUGCAGUUUCUGUAACAAAUUGUAAAAUAGACAAAAAAAGCAGAGAAAUAAAUUUCCCUCCCCUUCAGAUCCACCUCAGUUUUGUUUCAGAGCACGGUAGCUGUGUGUAAUAAACCCUAAAGGGGGGGUUGGAAGUGAGCUAGAUGAGGGAGAAUGAACUGUGCAAAGGGGGUCAUCAGAUCUUCCUGCCUGCCUCUCCGCUUGCUUCCAAAAGAAAACAACAGAAAAACAAAGCGUGACCUUGGAACCGAAGGAGCGUGUUUGAGAAACCAGCCGUGGACCAGACUGCUUGGAAUACCUGGCUCAAUGCAAACAAGCGCUACCCUGGAGAAAGAGGAAUUAGUAGCAAUCCUUUCAGAAUCUCUAGCGCAACUUUAAGGCUUGUAAAUACAUAGAACAAAUAUUUAAAAAAGAAAGAAAUUGACUCCAUACUAUUUCUUUUCACUUUCAAAAUAUAAAGAACAAAAUAAAGACAAA